UGUCAUUGUGGAAACGCAUCAAGCAUGAAACAAACAACAUGAAGGUCGGCUGAAUAUGGAUCUUCUGUGCAGGAUAGUGAACAUGCCGAUGAGAGUACUGAGAUGAAUUUGAAGGGGAUGUUGCAGGCUCUGUAACACACAGUGGUCCUUCUCAAGCAGCAACAAUGGGAACAGGUGCCAGUGGAUUCUGUUCUUCGCCGGAGCCCCUGCAUGUAUACAUUCCACGUCCAAAACGGCCUCCGAAAAUAGGGGAAAUAAGUUGUGCUGGUGGAACAAUGUCAAAGCAUGCUGCUUCUCACAGAAACUGUCACUUCGACCAGAGUCAGGACAGUGCGGAAGAGAUGCCAGAGAAGCAGCAGCAGCAGCAGCAGUCGACGUCUGAUGUGACGAUCACCGAGCGAUCGCAGAACUCGAAGAACCACGAGAAGGUGGGCAGGUUUGAGGAUCGAACCGCAGUGUUCACCAUCGAGUCGGUGGAGAGCAAGGAGAACCAGGCCUACUCGGCGACCAACACCGCCUACUCGCUGAUCCAGAACUCCAAGCGCAAGUUCCCGCUGCAGCGCAAAAGCUCGAACAUCACCAACGACUCAGGCCGCAGCUCGACGAGCGAGAACGAGGAGGACAGUGUGUUCCGGGAGGAGGACGAGGACGUGGCGCGGCGUCACAGCAUCGCGUGCAUUGACUCGACGGGCCACCUCAACGUGCCGCAAUUCGCCGACUACAUCAGUGCGUCGCAGGUGUCCACAGACUUCAGGACCAGCUCGUCGUGCGCAUCGCUGAGCACGCCAAGCGAGACCGCAGAGUACUCGCUCAACGGAGCGAACACAAAGCGCGCACCCAAGAUCGUGUACAGCUACUCGGAAGACAGACUGAGGACAUCAGAUGCAAGACGACCUAUAUUCCCUUCCUUGCCUUUCUCUCCUUACGGGUCCCCCACCACCUCGCCACGGUUACGACGCCAGCCCACCUUGGAAACGCACAGAGUUUCGGUUUCGGAUAUCGAUGGUUACAUACAGCUGAAUCAGUACACAUUGAAAGAUGAAAUUGGAAAGGGUUCCUAUGGAAUUGUAAAAUUAGUUGUCAAUGAAGAAGAUGAAAGCAAUUAUGCAAUGAAAAUUCUAUCCAAAAAGAGGUUGAUGAAGAAAGCUGGAUUUUUCGGCCGAUCACCUCCACUUCGCGACGGCAAGAAAAGAAAUCCUAUGCCCAACCCACUUGAGCGUGUUUAUCGGGAAAUUGCCAUCCUGAAAAAGCUAGACCACCCUAAUGUUGUGAAACUUGUAGAAGUCCUAGAUGACCCAGAAGAGGAUAAUUUAUAUUUAGUAUUUGAACUUGUGGAAAAGGGAGCUGUUAUGGAGAUUCCCAGUGAGAGCCCACUCUCAGAAGACCAGGCUCGGAGCUACUUUGUGGAUAUCGUUCUCGGCCUCGAAUACUUACAUUAUCAGAAGAUUGUUCACAGAGAUAUCAAACCUUCCAACCUUCUCUUGGGUGAUGAUGGACACAUCAAGAUUGCUGAUUUUGGAGUGAGUAAUGAGUUUAGUGGUGGUGAUGCCUUUUUCACCUGUACAGCCGGCACUCCAGCCUUUAUGGCACCAGAAGCUCUUCGAGAGGAACGGGAAAAAUAUAGUGGAAGAGCUUUAGAUAUCUGGUCAAUGGGCAUCACUUUGUACUGCUUUUUAUAUGGCAAGGUGCCUUUUGCAGAUGACUUUAUUCUGGGCCUUCAUAAAAAGAUUCUAAAAGAUUCUGUGAUAUUCCCAGAAAAACCUGAAGUAUCAGAGGAAGUGAAGGAUCUGAUUUUGAGAAUGUUGGAGAAGAAUCCAGCCACCAGAAUAACACUACAAGAAAUCAAGGUUCACAACUGGGUGACACAAGAUGACCAGUUUCCGUUGCCGACAGAGGAACAGAACUGUGUUUUGAUCACUGUCACAGAAGAAGAGAUUGAGAACGUGGUCAAGCAUGUGCCUAAACUGGACACUCUGAUUUUGGUAAAGAGUAUUUUGAAGCAGAAAUCAUUUCGCAACCCAUAUCGUGAAAUCAAAGAACAUCUGCGACUAAAGGAGAGUGGAAGAUCAAACUCUGCACCAGAAGCUUUCUUGCAUUGCAGAAGGAAGGUAUCCAUGGAUGCUGCCUUCAUAGACGUUACCCUGAAGGAGGACACAUGACAUGAGGAGGAGACCAGCUGAUAUUUCACACACAGUCCAGUUCCUCACACGCAGUCCGGUUCCUCACACGCAGUCCGGUUUUAGCUGGAGAAAAAACAUUAAACCAAAUCAGUCGCUUAUGCCCAAAUAUUUACGUUACAUUUCUUUUAAUACCUUUGAUGUGGGGAUGAGUGCAGAAGUAGGAAAAGGAAUUGAAUGAAAACACCUUGUGAAAAGAUUGUAUUGUAGUUCUGCUGAAUUUUUUUUUUUUAAAGAGAAAAAUAGAAAAGUGAACCAUUACAGUACCAUUUUCCUCAUCAUAUACUCAAUAAAAUUAAUUAAUAAUAGCCAAAAAGCUCAUUUUAAAAAGGUUUUCACCAUUGCAAGAAAACGUUGCUUUGUGCAUGAUUUUUGCAAGCAUCACUGAUAAAAAUUUACUCAAACAAUGUUUAGAAAUCAUUUGUGAUGAAAACCUGCUAAUGUAAUAUAGCACUGACAAAAACUUACCUAACCAUUUUCUAGUCUUUAAUUAAUUUUGUUGAGUAUUUAUUAGAUUACAAGUGACCAGGCUACAGAUAUUCAAAGCUAUAUUAGUGCUACAAUAUUGUAAAACCAUGAUAGGACAUGUCGUCAUUACAAUGUGUGCCAUAGCCUACAACAGUUUUACGAUGUCGUAUCACUAAGAUAGCUUCAAUGUAGUAUCGUAUUUUUGGAAAUAUUAAUUUGAGUUGGUUUAAAAGUAUAUGAGAAGGGUCCAAUUUCACAAAACAUCGUAAGCCUAGUUUUGUAUUAAACUUAAAUCGAUGACUAAACCACAAUUCGUACUACUAUUAUAGGACAACAAAUGUAGUUAGAAAUAUACAUAUUUCAUUUUCUUUUGUCUUUAAAAUACUCCCCAUCUUCUGUAAUAAUGCAAUUUUUUGCGUGAAAUAGAUGCCAAACAUGUGUAAACGCACAACCGAUAUAACCAAGAGCAGCAGAUGUAAACUUACGAUGUUUAGUGAAAUAGGCCCAAGGGUUCAAAACAAAUAUGAUGAACAGUCUUACUACAGUACAAAUGGACAUCCUUAUAUGCAGUUCUGUGUGUUUAAUAAUCAUAUUAAUUAACACUGGGAACAGGAAAAUAAUACAAUUGGGAUGGUUAAAAUACAAAAGAAGUGAAUUAGUCCAAAAUUAAAAAACAUUUCAACCGGUUGAUUUCUAGAGCAAGAAAGUAACAUUUAUCCCUUUGUGAUACAUUGAUGUCAUCUUCUAUCAGCAGCCACUUUCUGUGUAUGUGAUGUCAUUUUGCACAGAAAUCCCAUGGUGCUUUGCAACAUUUAGGUUGUGUUGUGAAUAUUCAGUUACAUAACUGGUUUCCUUUAGUAGUUUGUCUGCCACUGUUGCAUUUUUUUAAAAAUAUAUAUAUAAAUGGCAUGGUAUGUGAUGUCCGUUAAUUUCUCUGUUUUUAAUCAAUCUUUUUAUGGCCUUUUUGUAAACCCAAGUCGGUUAUCAAUACUACUCAAGAUUUAAUUAUUUUAUAAAAUACUGUAAUUUUAAUUUUGAUACAUUUACAGCAUUACAAUAAUAUUUAUGAAUAGUCUUCUACAACUGUUGAUUAUAUAUACAUGUAGAUCAGCUAUCCAUGACACAAUAAUAAUUUUUAAAAUGUUCCUCACAUAUAUAGUACAUGCAUUUUAUAAGUCUGAUUGGUUGAAUGGUGCUUUUUUCACAAGAGUAAAACAUGCAUUUAUGGAAAUAAUAUUGUCAUCGAAUUGGCUUAAAUAAUGUUGAAUGAAAUAUAGAAAAGUUCACAUCAAUGCCUUGUUUUGUAGUUGUCAAUGAAAAGUUCCAUCAGCUGUAUACAUAUUCAUUGAAAUAUAAAGUGAUUUAACCAAUUGGACAACUUCUUCCAACAGCUGUCUACAUAUUCAUGAAAUAUAAAUUGAUUUAACCAAUCGGACAACUUCUUUCAGCAGCUGUUUACAUAUUCAUGAAAUAUAAAUUAAUUUAACCAAUCAGACAACUUCUUUCAACAUAACCAAACAAGUUGAGGGAAUGCACUGAACUAUAAGACUAGGGAAGAUAACAUCACUUACCAAUCUGAUGUUAUUUGGAGUUUGGUGAUCUUUUUUAAAAACUCAUUAUUAAUGAACAUUUGUAUUCUUAUGCCACACAAGUCUGAAUGACAUUUACACAAACAAUAUUAAAAAAUUAUUGAAUGUAUUCAGACAUUAAUUGUUAUAUAUAUAUAUAUAUUUAUUAUAAUAUUGUAAAUGUAUUAAAUAAAAGCAGGUUUUUUGUAACUGUCUUCUAUUAAAAUAAUAUUAAAAGCAUUGUUUUUAGCAGUAUAUACUUCAAGCUUUGCAUAUCUGCAUUUAAUAGAUAAUUUGCUUUACUAUUUUGGCAAUAACAGAAAAGAUAAAUUGAAGAAUAAUGUGUUAUUUUGAAGUAACUUUAAAUUAAUUAUUUAUUUUAAAUGCUUGAAUAUUAAAAAUAUUUUU